AUGUUGAUGCGUAUCAUGGCAGACCUCGCCGCAGAGUUCGACCCGGAGCAGUAUGAUUUCGGAGACAUAACAAGGAUUGUGGUUGCCAGGCAUGCUGAUGCAUGCCGUUCACAAGCCGGGAAGAGGAAGCAGGUCCGGGCGAUCAUCGUCAAGAACAGACGUCGCGAGCAAAUUGCAUUGCACCAGGAAGCAUCACGAAAGCGAACCCUCCGCGUUGAGAACCUCCGCGAUUCAAUGGGCGUCGAAGCCUUCAGCGACAUGGUUCAGAGCCAGCAAUGGACGAGGAGAAAUCGAGCCGGCGGUCAGAGUUUGAGCAGGAGUCAGUUGUCUCAGACAUACGCAUGGUGGUGGUCCGAGGAAGGCGAGGCAUACCGGCAAGGCCCACCAUUGCCUCGAGGAGAUUUGGUGAUGGAUACCCUCCUUCCUUGCCGAAGUCGGUUGGCCGAUCCCUGGCAGCGGGUUCUGCACUGCCUGACCCGCCAAACGCCUGUGGCCAGGGCCGCAUCUGAGAUGGACAUCGUGGUCUGCAAGGAAGCACUCCCCCGGCUUCUCGCGAGAGCUACGGACCGCAUCAUGGCUCAACAGCUGCCAGAUCUCAAGUUCAAGAGCUUCGUAUCUGCAACCGUGGACUUCGCUCGCGGCGAGGGUGAGCGAGUGCCCUCUGUACACAUCGCCAGCAAGACAGGGCGUCCCGAAGAGCUGGUCCUGCUCGACGCCGCCUCUUUGGACAACCUACUCCCCGGCGACGUCGUGAUUCCUCGUCGCCUUCUCGAAGUCCACGGCCGCAUCCUCGGCACCGUGGGCUGGGAGGACGUCGCGCUGGCGCUUCCACGCCCCCACGAUAUGUUUGAUGUCCAGCUUCGUGGAAGGCAUCCCAAAUCUUCCAAGCUUGCCGUUGCUUGGGACCUCACCAACCGCCUUGAUGCAGCCGAAAUGCAUGUGGUGUGGCCUGGAUCCCCGCAGGAAUUGGUUGUCCGCCUUCGAGGUUCCACGGAAGGUGGCCUGACAUUGGACGACGCAGCCAACCGAUUGUUCGCUGAGCUUGACCACCACCGCAGCCUGUCUCUCCCAUUUCUACGACUUCAGAGGCAGCGUGCGCAAGCAUGGGAGCGACGGAGGGAUGCAGUGACAAACGCAGUGAGCCGGGGCUUGGUGCAGCCUGGGCGGCGGCUGCUCGUUGCUGUUUUCAGAGCGUUGCGCCGACUUGCUCGCCUGCUCCAGGAUCGAGUGUGGGAUCCCUGCGCUGGCCGAUUGCGCCAAUUGGCCAUCCGCGCGUGGUCCAUGGCUGAGCCAACCUGCAGACGGUGUGCCAGCACAUUGAGACAUGCUCUUUCCCGUUUGCAUCUUGCAGUUCGGCGCCUUCUUUGCUGGACCUACCGCGUCACAUCAGAGACCGCAAGUGGAAUCGGGCAGUGGUUCAUGCGCCGUGCUAGAGCGUUCGCUCACCGACUACAGCCGUAUCUGACAGCCUCCCAAGAAGCCGCGCGCCGGAUGGGUACCCGUGUCCACUUCGCACUGCGGGCCGCCUGGGACAGCACGGAGCCCUUGCGCAGUGCCGGACACCGGACACUGACCCGAGGCUGGGCCCGACUCCAAGAAGCGGUGCGCCGGAUGGGUACCCGUUGCCGCUUCGCACUACGAGCCGCCUGGGACAGCACGGAGCCCUUGCGCAGUGCCGGACACCGGACGCUGACCCGAGGCUGGGCCCGACUCCAAGGUGGUGUCGGCUCCUUGGGCUGCUGGUGGGCCUCCAGGCCCUGGCCCCGGAGAGUCGCCAGCUGCGUGGCCUCGAGGGCAAGUGCAAGCUGGGAGAUGAUGUACCAGCAUGCCCUGCAGCCUGUCGGUCGAUCCUGCUGCCGCCUUUCGGCAAAGGUGAGCUUUGCCGCCGGCAAGGCUUGCAAGCGGCUUUGUCCGCAACGAGUCCGCAUGGCGAGGGUGCGACGACAUGAUGAGCGCCACACCUUGUUCUGA